GUGGCAGCCCCGGUGACAAAUAGUUAAAAAAUUAAACUCCCAAAUAAUUUCGUAAAAAGAAUUAUUGUAAUUGAUAAUUUCCACCUCAAAUUUAAGUUAUAAUUGUUAAUUACGAACAAAUUGUAUUGUGUAAUAAAUAAAAGUGGUAAAUAUUUAAAUAAAUACAUUUUUAGUGCCUCUCAACUUAAAGUGACAGCAGGUAACGAACAUCGUUUAAAAGUUGACUGUAAUUCUUGUUAUCCCUUUUAAAGUGGAUCAAUUUCUGUACUAAAACAAUAUUCAGGGAAUUUUAAAAAAUGCAGUUAAGAGCAUAGGACGCAAUCGUAUUUCUAUUGAGUUUUCUUUCCCCCAACUAGCUAACGAUUUUGUUGUAAGUCCAUUACUUGCUAAAGCAAAUUUUGUAGCAGAAAUUCAUACCUAUGCUAUUACGAGAAUGGGUAUCAUUAGAGGUGUUCCAAUCGAUAUAGGAAUGGAUGAAUUCGUUUCUGCAUCAGAAGUUGCUUCUUCUACGGAAAUAAUUUGCGCUCGUCGUCUAAACCAUAAAGUUAUUAAAGCAGACAAGUCUGUUGAGUGGAUUCCAACACAAACGAUCGUUAUUACGUUCUCCAGUAAAUUACUGCCCUCGCAUGUUUUUGCCUAUUUCACUUCAUAUCCUGUAGAACCUUACCUCUUACCUACAAUACAAUGUUAUAAUUGCUGUCAUUUUGGUCAUGUUAAGUUUAAAUGCAGAUCUAAGCCUCGUUGUUAUAAAUGUGGAGAACCUCAUGAUGGAGAAUCAUGUGAAGUUACCUCGGUCACAUGUCUUCACUGUACUGGUAAUCAUGCAGCUAUUAGUUCAUCCUAUCCAGAAUUUAAUAGACAAAAAUCUAUUAAAGUGAUUAUGUCCCAAGAACAUAUCUCUUAUGAUGAAGCAUCUGUAAGAGUUCGCCCGUCAAAACGAGCCUAUUCAGAUGUUGCAAGUAAAACUCCUUUAAAUCCAUCUCCUCAUACUAGUAAUAAGAAUUUAUAUAAAAAAACUUUCUAUAUAAAUAGGAAACCACAUUCUCCGGCAUCUGAUCAUGGGUAUGACCAUACAGCCUAUGAAUCCAUGAUCCAAACCCCAAGAAGUUCUCUUCCUAAUGGAAGUGCUUACCCUAAAGAUAAUGUUAGCCAUACUUCUCCAAACGAAAAUCUCAUCUGUCAUAUGUAGAAUUAGAUUGGGACACACUUGUUCACCUGUAUUUUCGGCAAAACUAAAGAUUAAAGCUAGCUCAAUUUGUGUGUGAAUGUGGAUUAGAUGAAGGUACGACCUUUCCGUUUCAUUAUACGAUUUUCUUCCUAAUAACAUCCCUCGUCGUCUUUGUUAAAUUUAGUUUACACUCCUUUUGUACAAACUUUAUUAGACUUCAUAUCCAUUAAUAACAUUAAACUAUAGUACCUUUGCCACUUACCUAUAUUCAUAUUAUUAUAUUAGCAAUAAUUUUGUAAAAAUAUAAUGUUAAUUCAUUCGAAAAUAACUACAUAAGUAAGUUCGUAACAUAAAGCUAAGUAAGCGCAUCUACGGAAACGGAAACUAGUAAAUAGUCUGUGUGACUCUCAUGAAAUACUUGACGCUGGCAGAAUCCAUUGGAAGUUGCCAAACUAGGAAAAAAAAAAUUAAAUUGAAUACAAAUGUGUAGUGGACUGCAGUGGACUGAAUGUGAUUUUACUGAUUUACUGUUAGGCUGAACUAUGCUCAGAGAGGUUUAUGGAAGAAAAGAUGGUACUCUUGACGAUUAUAUAUUAUCAGUCUUAUUCAUAAAAAGUUAAAAUAGGUUUAUUAGCUUCUUAUUAAGAGGUACCCGUAAAACACUAUUCAUAAACGCACUAUAACGCUAAAACGUACUAUAAGUGUUCAAUAGCGGCUUCAUAAGUUAUAGAAGGGUCCACCGUACUAUAAACCCAUUAUAAGGGAAAAAUGGCAGAUCUGCGUGCGAGCAACAAACAGCUGAUUGUUGAAGUUGUAUAGAUCAUUGUUGGUGAAAUUGUUUUUUGUGGAUUUUAAUUGCUAAUGCGUCGUUAUGCAAGCUUUAGGAGCUAUGGACCAAGUAGAAAAUGCUCCGCAUCAUCGUCGUAAGGUUUACCGGAAGAGAUAUGAUCCGUUUUCUUUGCCUGAUAUAGAGUUCAAACAGAGAUACCGCUUCAAAAAACAUACACGGCAUCUUUUAUAAUUGAUCUCGUCAAGCAGGAUUUACAACUGGACUCAAGAGGUUGUGGAACGUCACCAGAAUUGCAGGUGUAAACCGCCAUUAGAUGUCGGGGACGUCGUGAAGUUCAAGACUAUGGAGGAGACCUUCAUGGGUUGAGUCAAUCAAUUGUGAGUCGCAUUUGUGCCAGAGUAGCUCGUGCGAUUGCUUGUCACUCUGACACCUACAUAAAAAUGCCGCAGUCCUUGGCAGAAGAGCAAAGGAUUAUAAGGGAACUUUUAGAGAUAAGAAAUUUUCCUUGUGUUGGGUUGCAUCGAUUGCACUCACAUAAAAAUAAAGAAAUUUGGUGGUGAUGCAGCUCAGUAUUAUAUAAACCGAAAAGGGUUUUAUUCAUUGAAUGUGCAAGUUCAUAUUAUAAUACAAUGCAGUUCUUUGUCAGGUAGUUUGCGAUGUAAAACUAUAUAUCAGAGACAUGGUUGCCAGAUGGUGAGGCAGUACCCAUGAUUCCCAUGUCUUUAAUGAAUCCGCUUUGAAAGAAGAGAGUUAAGAGGCAGACUCUUAGGAGAUUCAGGCUACAGAUUAGAGCCAUAUCUAUUUACACCUAUACUAAGACCUCAAAAUGAGCAUGAAGAAAGAUAUAAUCGAGCAUAAAUUGCCACUCGGAACUGUGUUGAACGUUGCUUUGGUGUGUGGGAGCAGCAGUGUCAGUCUAUUUUCUGGCAUGACAGUAAGACAUGAAAAAUGUGAAACCUACAAUUGUCUCUUGCAGUGUUGCACAAUAUUGCAAUAGGACAAGAUUCAGUACCAGAUCAUGAUGACAAACUCAAUGCAAUUGUGGAUGUUGAACUUCUACUGCAAAUUGGUGAGGCCAGAGGAAGACACUCCAAUAAUGCUCUUUUAUGAGCAUUCAUUAAUAGGCAUUUUAACUAAUUAAGGCUAUCAGUUUCUUAGAAGGUGUAAACAGUGGUUUUGGUGGUGAGCCAGUAGCUACAACCUGCAGCAAUGAAAACCGUUAAAAGAAACUUGUUUACAUUAACUUAAUCUUAAAUGUUUCAUCAAAUAAAAUUCAAGUUU